AUGGAUCGGAAAUGGAUGCUUGCAAGGCGUACUAGUGACGAAUAUGAACAAGGGGUAGAUGAGUUUAUUGCAUUUUCUAUCGAGCAUGCUGAAGAUCCAUCUCGCAUUUUGUGUCCAUGUGUCAAUUGUAACAACAUGAUCCGACACAAUGUCGAGGAUGUAAGAAUCCAUUUGGUGGUUAAUGGAAUUAUCCAACAGUACAAGUGUUGGAUAAAACACGGUGAGACAUUAGGGGACAUACCUUCUUAUGUAGAUACUGAGAUGUAUGAUGAAAUGAAUGAUGAUGAAAUAGAAGAUAAUUUCCAUCUAGGCAAUGAUCAUCUAGAAGAAAUGACGCGUAUUUUAGAGGAAAACAUUGAAGAUAGUUCUGAAAUGUUUGACACAUUAUGUAGUGGUGCAAAGACCCCUUUGUACCCUGGUUGUUCUACAUUUAGCAAACUAUCUGCUGUGCUGAAAUUAUACCAUCUCAAAGCUCGUAGUGGAUGGACUGAUACAAGUUUUUCGAGCUUACUUGAAUUAGUGAAAGAGAUGCUUCCUAUUGAUAAUGUGCUUCCGUGUCGUAUUUACGAGGCAAAGAAGAUGUUGUGCUCUAUGGGCAUGGGGUAUGAAAAAAUUCAUGCCUGCCCUAAUGAUUGCAUUUUAUAUCGAAAAGGAUAUGCCUCUUUAAAAAGCUGCCCUGAAUGUGAGGCUCCACGAUACAAGGAAAAUAAUGUGCCAGCUAAGGUUAUGUGGUAUUUUCCAAUAGUGCCAAGAUUUAAACGCUUAUUUAGUAUUGUUGAAGAAUCAAAGAAUUUGACAUGGCAUGAAUUUGGGAGAAAAAAAGACGGUUUACUUAGACACCCGGCCGACUCUCCACAAUCGAUCAAAAUUAACCGCGACUUUCCUGAAUUUGAGGCGGAGCAUAGAAAUUUGCGUCUCGCCCUUGCUGCUGAUGGAAUGAAUCCUUUUAGUAAUCAAAGUUCUCGUCAUAGUACAUGGCCAGUCAUUUUGAUGAUAUAUAAUCUUCCUCCAGAACUGAUAAUGAAAAGGAAGUAUAUGAUGCUGACCAUGCUAAUUUCGGGCCCAAAACAACCUGGGAACGACAUAGAUGUAUAUUUGGAACCCUUAAUUGACGAUUUGAAGAUGAUGUGGGAGCAUGGUGUAGAGGUGUAUGAUGCUUAUCGCAAUGAAGAAUUUAAUUUGAAAGCAUUGCUUUUUGGUACAAUAAAUGAUUUUCCAGCGUAUGGAAAUUUGGCAGGUUAUGCUACAAAAAGCUAUGAAGCAUGCCCUGUAUGCCAGAAUAACACAUUCUCCUUCUACUUAAAUCAUUCAUGCAAAGUUGUCUACCUUGGAAAUCGCAAAUUUCUGCCAGUUAACCAUCAAUAUAGAAGGUGGAGAAAAGCUUUUGAUGGGACUUCUGAAGAAGGGACUCCUCCAGUGCCGCCAACAGGAGAACAAAUACUUGAGAAAAUGGAGAAGUUGAAUGUCAAGUUUGGGAAGUUGAAUGAAAAAGAUGUUCCGAGCGCUGGUUACAAAAAGAGGUCAAGAUUCUUUGACCUUCCUUAUUGGAAGACCUUACAUAUUAGACAUUUCCUAGAUGUGAUGCAUAUUGAAAAAAAUGUGUGUGACAGCCUUAUAAGUACUUUACUUAAUGUGAAGGAUAAGAGUAAAGAUGGUGAGGCUGCUAGGCUAGACUUAGUUGACAUGAAAAUCAGACCCGAAUUAGCACCAGCACCAGUUAAGGGCACGAAUCGUACAUAUCUCCCACCUGCCUGCCACACUCUAUCAAGGAAGGAGAAAGUUUCUUUUUGCGAGUUUCUUUCUGGAGUUAAGGUUCCUGAAGGUUAUUCUUCAAACAUUAAAAGGCUUGUGUCAAUGAAAGACUUGAAGCUAAUUGGAUUGAAGUCACAUGAUUGUCAUAUUCUAAUGGAGCAUCUUCUUCCAGUGGCUAUUCGCUCUAUUUUGCCAGAAGCUGUUCGAAAUGCUAUCACAAGACUUUGUAUAUUUUUCAGUGAGAUUGGUAGCAAAGAGAUUGAUCCCUUUAAAUUGAGUGACUUACAAAAGGACCUUGUUGUUACAUUGUGUAAGUUGGAGAUGUAUUUUCCGCCAUCAUUUUUUGACAUUAUGAUUCAUUUAACUGUUCACUUGGUUAGAGAAGUUCGAUUAUGUGGACCUGCAUAUCUGAGAUAUAUGUAUGCGAUUGAGAGGUUCAUGAAAAUAUUAAAGGGGUAUGUUAUGAGUGGGAGUCACCCAGAAGGUUGCAUUGUCGAGCGUGCCUUAAUUGAAGAAGCUCUUGAGUUUUGUAGUCAGUACCUUUCCAAAGUCGAUGCAAUAGGAAUCCCAAAGACAAGGCAUACAAAAGGAUAUGAAGGAAGAGGAAUAGUGGGGAAAAAAGUGGUCUCUCUAUCAUACAAUGAAAGGCAUCGAGCACACUUGUAUGUACUUCACAAUAGUGAAGAUGUUGAUCCGUAUGUAGAGGAACACUUGGCGUUUUUAAGGGAUUUAAAUCCACGUAAGAGUGAAAUAUGGAUAGCUGAAGAACAUAAUUGCUCUUUCGUUGAGUGGUUUCGACUUCAAAUUGCUGAUGAAUUAGCUAAGUCACCUUCGCAUGUUUCUGACAGACUAAAAUGGCUAUCUCGGGGUCCUUGUUUUGAGGUUUUAUCAUAUUCUGGUUAUCAAAUCAACGGGUAUACUUUUUACACAAAGGACAGGGACAAUGAAACCACUAUGCAGAACAGUGGGGUGUCGGUGUUGGCCCAAGCUAUGCAUAUCUCUAGUGGAAAAGAUAAAAACCCAAUAUAUGCGGGUAUGACUUAUUAUGGAGUCAUCCACGACAUAUGGGAAUUGGAUUAUAGGACAUUUCAAGUUCCGAUUUUCAGUUGUAAUUGGGUUGAUCACAAUAAUGGUGUGUAUUUUGAGAACCCAGGGUUCACUAUUGUUGAUCUUACAAAAGUGGGUUAUAAGGAGGAGCCAUUCAUAUUUGCUUCACAAGCAAAGCAAGUUUUUUAUGUGACUGACCCGGCAAAUAAAAGGAGACAUGUUGUUUUGUCAUCAAAUAAAAGAAAUGUGUUUGGAGACCAAGAUAUAGAUGACAUGGAAGACCCUUCAUUCUCAUUACAAUCUCAUUCAUUUAGCAACAAUGUAGUGGAGAAUGAGGCAUACACAAGAGUUGAUCAUGGGAAUUCAAUACUACAACUCUGGGAAUGUCAUGUUGCUAGAGGUAUAUUAAACCUGAUGGAGGUUCUAUCUUCCCACUGGAACUCUUUCUAG